UACUUUUAGCUAGGACAAAUCAUCCGGUCACUUGAACUUGAUCUCGAUUGUCAGGGAUUGUAACAGCUGCGUGCAGAUCUGCUUCUUUCAUUAACGAACAAUCCCUACUUGCAUAUCUUAUUAGAUGUCUGUCUGCCACCGAUUCUCGCGAACAUGCUUUGCCUAUCGAUGAAUUUCAGGUACUUUCGUGCCUUACAAUUAGCUAAGCUAUUUGAAAUAAAUAUAGCUGCUUUACGACAAGGUAGAAUCGACACAAUAUCUAUCGUUUGUAAUGGAAUAGACUGCAGCCAUAAUUUUAAACUUUUGAAAUAAAAUAUUCAUAGUCUUUCACAUCGUUUCUUCUCUGGUUUCUUAAGAGGUUACUAUACUCAAUAGUCAACUACUUUAUGGACGCGUUGUUCUGGCUUGCUAUAAAACUUCAUCGGUUGAGUCCCUCAGAAAGUAUAUCCCACCAGUCUUCUAUUGGUCUAAUGGGAUUUCAUCACUAAAUGAAAUAGUAAUGACAAACGUCCUCAUCCACUGGCGCUUCUAAAUGGUGGUCGUUUAAAGAGGACGCGCGUGUAUGGCCCCGACAACGCAGUCUAAUAACAGAUGUCUCGGUUGGGUUUCGUCUGCUCAACGCUUGUUGUUGUUUUGCAUUCAUCGGCGGGUAACAAAGAAGUUCGGUGGCGGGUUGAUUGGCGGUAUUGUUUGGGUUUGCUGGGUUAAUUUGUACCCACUGAAAUUUUCUUUUAUUGGUUGUGUAGUUUGUGUUCAUCAUUAAAAGUUUCGUUCGAAUAACUUCUUGAAGUCGCUGCCGCCACAAUGGGCGACACGACUAAGGCAUCAAUAGAAAAAGCCACUUGGAAUUAUGUCAAACAGAAACUUGAAAAGGAUUACGUUGUUAAACAAACGCUUGGAUCGGGGGGCUUUGGGAAAGUAAAACGAGGUUCGCACGUGAUUACCAAGCACAAUGUCGCCAUAAAAAUCAUGGACAAAGAAAAACUCGGAGUCGAUCUGCCCAGAGUUCAGCUCGAAAUCAAUGCACUGAAAAAUCUUCAUCAUCCUAAUAUCUGUAAACUCUAUCAGGUGGUCGAAACCUUCGGCCACAUCUGUCUGGUGCUGGAGUACUGUGAAGGUGGCGAACUGUUUGAUUAUAUCGUUGAUAGAGGUCGGGUGCCGGAAACUGAUGCGAGGCGUUUAUUUCGGGAAAUGGUCUGUGCGGUGGCAUACAUUCACUCAAAAGGUUUUGCUCAUCGAGACCUUAAGCCUGAAAACAUGCUCCUCGACGGCAUGAAUCGAAUCAAGUUAAUAGACUUCGGGCUUUGCGCAAGUUGGAAACCGUCAGGAGUAGCUCAGAGCUUGAAAACUUGCUGCGGUUCACCAUGCUAUGCCGCUCCCGAAUUGCUAGCUGGCCAUGCGUACACUGGAACAGCAGCCGAUGUCUGGUCUCUGGGGGUUAUAUUGUUCGCUGUUCUCUGCGGAUUCCUGCCAUUUGAAGGUGAUAGUGUCCGUGUCAUCACUUCGAAAAUCAACAAAGGUCUCUCAGAGUUACCAGAGCACCUAUCAUCUGGUAGUAAGAACCUCAUCCAUAAAAUGCUCACCGCUGAGCCAAACAGACGGUUUACAAUGAACGACGUUGCAUCACAUAUGUGGGUCACAGAUGGCGGCCGGCUUCUUCCAGCUACAACAUAUGACAUGUACCUUACUGACCCGAAAAUCGACUCGGACAUAAAUAAUGCUGACCCUGUGAUCAUUAACGAGAUGUCAAAGUAUCUAAAACGGCCGCCUGUUGAGUUGAGUGAUACGAUCGAAAAAUGGAAUUAUGACUCGUUAACAGGAAUUUACCUUACCAUGCAUGACAGAAAAAAGAAGGGACUGACGUAUAAACUGUCUAAGGAAGAGGAACGACAAUCUCGACCGAUUGUUAGGAAAGCGUUAUUUGAUAAGGAGUCUAUAGAGACGGUGGUGCCACCCAAGAAGCCCAGAAGGUCUAAGUCACUAGAGGAUGGUUUGGACGAUGCAGACCUUAUGGUCAUUGGAAGUCCCUCACAGGUUCGACAAGAAGCUGUUCAUGAACGCUCUCCAUUCAGACUACCUGAGCCAACAACCCCGCAGCGUGCCGUGGAGGGGUCUGAAGGUGGUUUUGUAUAUCAGACACCCCAACGUACGCCUCUGAGAACCCCUGGCUGUAGUAAAGGCAACAAUGAUUCGGGAUCUGGAACGCCGUGGUCGUCGAAGCGACGCUUGCGUGAGGCCAUUGGCAAAUCGAUUGGAAAAGUUCGACGCGCUUUCCUUACCCCUGUAAAGACGUUAAACGCAGAGCCCAGAUAUGUCAAGCACACGCAAAAUGUGGCCAAGGUUCCCUACGAAGUUAACUAUCAGGAGCUUUUACAGAAACUGGAGUCUAAAUUGCAGGAGCUCAAUUAUAAGACAGAAAUUAAGGGCUUUGUAAUCAGAGGUUCGAAGGAUGGCGAAAGGGAAAAUGUUCGACCAGGAGAAAAGAAAGCUGCGAAGUCAACACUUGAGCUGGAGGUCGCUCGCUCAUUAGAAUGGAAUUGCCUUGUCAUAAAACGAAAACGACUUAACGGCAGCUCAAUUGACUAUGCUAAAGUCUGCGAGAAGGUGCUUGAGAUUUGUGGGCGACAGACGACAGCCGUGUGAAGAGACUUUAAAGAAGUGCACUAAAAAAAUAUAGAGAACUAGUAUAACUAUGCCUAGUAAUGUUAAUCGUACAAGCACGACAAGGUUUAUUAUAAAUGAGGCGAGAUCAUGACACCGUCUAGUUAACACUAGCUAGCACUUGUCAGGCAAGAGCGAAACGCUAAAAUUCUCAAGAGUUUUUUGUAUGUUUCGUUCUAGCUUCCAUACAAUAAGUAUAUUUUUGUGUGAAGUCGCAAGUGCAAAAACCAGAGCCUAACUCAAAGAACAUAGCUAUAUAUGUUACUACUUACAGCGAUUAUUGUCUGAUUUUAACAUUUUGGCUCUAAAAAAUUUCAAGGAAUAUUAUAUAAACGUUUUGUGCGAUGUUUCAUGUUCCGUUGUUAACGAAGCCUAACUAGAGGAGAUAUUAACUCAGUCGUUUGUUUGGAAUUCAUUAAUCUACAGGUCCUGAAUGAAGAAAAUUUUGUUGAAGCAGCAUGGACGUUUUUCUUUAGGCCGCAUAAAAUUAAAUAUUUGAUUGAUUGAUAUAUUUGCAAGUAUCAGUACCUGUAAGUAUUGUCGAUCGGAAGAGACGUUGCCAUUUUUACAAUUAUUGCGCACCUUUUAGCAACUUUUAGGAGCUGCGACUCGAGCUUAGCAAAGAAGCUCAACUUAUGUGACGAAUAGAAGUACUAACAUUGUAAAUAGACAUGCAGCUAACAAUGACUAAUAACAAUGAUAAUAAGAAUAUUAGGUACUCUAAUAAAAGACAUGCUAAGACAAAAGUAACCUUGA